UUUUUUAGGGCAAAAUCCCUCCUUCCUUGGAUUUCAAGGACAAUAGGAGGGAAAGAGAUUAAAGUUCCUAUUACGGUUUACAAGUCAACUCAGUUGAAUUGAAAUUGAAACAACUCAACUUUAAAACAACUUAACUCUUUUUUGGCAUUACGAAUUACAACUCACUUCAGUUGAAGUUGUAUUGAUGUUGCCAACCUAAAAAAGUGACGAUUUGACGAUAAUUAAACAGCUGAUGCUUUUGUGGCGAAAAAUUAAAACAAUAUACCUUAUUUAAGGUUUACGAGAGAGUGUUUUUUUUUUCAAAUAAAAAGUAAAAUGGACAUAAGCGUUGAUUUAUUUUACAACGAUGAAAAUGUUGGUCCCAAAACUGAUGUGCUGCGCAUACGGAAAAGGCUUCGUGAUCACUCGAAUCCUUUGGAACUUCCAAGCACCAAGUAAGAAAAAUUGUAGCGACAAUUGAAUGGCAUUUUAAUAAUGUUUUUUUGCAGAUUCAUAAGCUACUUUCGUUUAAAUAAGGAAGCAUUUGUCUUUUUGCUAAACGAGAUGGAUGAACAUUUCCAGAAACGUGUGCGAGGAACGGCUGUACCUCCCAUAUUGAAAUUAUGUGCAACUCUCAGGUUCCUUGCUGACGGCAGUUAUCAAAAGUGCAGUGGAAAUGAUUUUAAUGUUGGACUGGCGCAACCUACAAUAUCUGUAGUUAUUAAGGAGGUUUUAAAUAUAAUUGAGCAGCAUAUUUGUGGAAAAUGGAUUACAACCCAAAUGACUGAAGAGGAGCAAAACGCGUCAAAAAUUGCAUUCUAUUCAAAAAGCGGAUUCCCCGGAGUAGUGGGUUGUAUCGAUGGGACUCACGUUCGCAUCAUUUCACCAAAAAAAGAAAUGCAACAUCUUUAUCUAAACAGGAAAGGCUACUACAGUUUAAACGUCAUGAUUGUAAGUGAAAAUGUAAAAAGCAAAUAAUACUUUAAAAGAAAAUGGUCAUGACAUCUAUUUCGAUUUCAAACUUUGCGAUUACAAAAUGGCUAUCCGGUAUGUGGAUGCUAGGCACGCGGGUGCAAAUCACGAUUCCUUUGUUUUUAACGUAAGCGAUUUGAAAGAGCAUCUGCAGAGAAACAUACAGAGUAAUUCCUGGAUUUUAGGCGACGCUGGUUACCCUCUACAAACUUUUUUAAUGACUCCUUUCCGCAUGGCAGAAGCUGGUUCACCACAAGCUCGCUACAAUACAAUACACUCUAAGGCUCGAAAUAUUGUAGAACGGACGAUUGGAAUAUUGAAAAGCCGAUUUCGUUGUCUUUUAUCUGUGCGUGGCUUACAUUAUUCACCAGCAAAAUCUACACAAAUUGUGAACGCUUGCUGCGCUUUGCAUAAUAUUUGUCAACACUUUCGCGUGGAACUUUCUGAAGAAAUUGCAACCGCUUCAAGUACGGAAAUAAGCAAUGAAAACCUGAACAUUGAAACAGAAGACGAGGAUGCCGCCAGAAGAAUUCGCAAUAAUAUUUUGGUAUCCAUUUAAUAGAAAUAAAAACUCUAACUCACAUUUAA